AUGUACAACAACAAUCAGUCUGUUGCAAGAGAAGAUGUGGCAUUGAUUGGACAGCCUCCGUUGAUUGAAGAUUUGCAUCGUCCACCUCCUGUUGCUAAUCUACCUUCCAAUAUUUCAGUAACCAAUUCAGGAGUAUCCCAAGCUGAUUCUCGCUUCAUUCGCUCAACUGUCACUGCUUUCCCUUCUACAAGAGCAUUACACAAAAAAUCAAAGCUUCCUUUAGCUCUCGUGUUGGAACCCUAUUUGAGCUCAUCCGAAAAGGUUCCUAUUGUUCCUGAUACAACCGUAGCCCGUUGUUCUCGGUGUAAAACUUACAUUAACCCCUUUGUUCGCUUUACUGCCGGCGCCUUACAAUGGACCUGUAAUAUGUGUGGUUUGGAUAACGAUGUACCACAGGAAUUUGAUUGGGAUGUCAUACAACAACAACAUGUAGAUCGCUAUAGUCGACCCGAGUUGAAUUAUGGAUGUGUGGACUUUAUUGCACCAGCAGAUUACAUCAUCCGACCACCACAACCACCAGCCUAUGUCUUUGUGAUUGAUGUAUGCUUUCAGGCUGUACAAACAGGCAUGGUCAGUGUAGUUGCUGAUGCUAUUAAGGAAUCCCUUGACAAAAUUCCGAAUGAAGACGGGCGUGCUCUGGUUGCCUUCAUUACGGUAGAUAAUGCUAUUGGGUUUUAUAAGUUGCUCGGAUCAGAACCAGAAGUACUCGUCGUUGGUGAUCUACAAGAUGUUUAUUUGCCUCGUAUGGCAUCUGAUUUGAUUGUCAACCUUGUAGAAGCUAGAGGCGUUAUAAAUCAGUUACUGGACAAGAUGAAAACAAUGCAUAACCAGUCUCACUCUCCCUCCAAUUGCUUAGGACCAGCGUUGCAAGCGGCGCGUAAAUUACUGUCACCUACAGGAGGCAAAAUCAUUUGCUUUCAAGCAAGUUUGCCUAAUAUUGGAGAAGGCGUGAUCAAGCCCAAGGCCGACAGCACCAAGUCAGCCUUGGACAGCCCCUUGACAACCGCAUCCAGUACAUUCUACAAGAUCUUUGCAGGAGAAUGCACCAAAUCUCAAGUAUGUGCGGAUAUGUUUGUCUUUGGCAACCAGUUUGCGGAUGUAGCUACUCUAAAUGUCAUACCCCGAUUCACCGGUGGACAGACGCAUUUUUAUCCUGGUUUCCAGGCUGGUAAUCAGGCAGAAAGUGUUCGAUUAAAGGAAGAAGUGAUUUCUCUUUUAUCUGAAAAGAUUGGAUUAGAAGCUGUCAUGCGUACACGUUGCUCAGAGGGUAUCAUUUGUAAAUCAUUCCAUGGUAACUUUACCACCCGUGUACCUGAUAUCAUGGCGCUACCCAACGUGCCUCGUGAUCAAUCUUACUGCGUCGAAUUAGGUAUGGAAGAAGACAUUCAGUCAUCUUAUGUCUAUUUCCAAACCGCGUUGCUUUAUACCACGUACAAUGGAGAACGCCGUAUUCGUGUAUUGAACUUGUGCCUUCCUGUGGCAAAGAGUGUAAGCGAACUGUACUUGUCUGUGGAUCAAGUUGUUCUUGCUCGCGCUUUAUGUCAUGAAGCUAUUGAUAAAGGAGCCAACGGUAAACUACGCGAUGCCAGAGACUAUUUGUCAAAACAGACAAUAGAUAUUUGUAUGGCCUAUACAAAAGAAGUACUAGGCGUGCAAGGCGCACCAUCUCAUUUGACACUAUGUCGUCAGUUAAGCCUGUUCCCACUUCUUGUGCUAGGAUUGCUUAAAUCUGACGCAUUCAAUGAUGCAGCCAUUAUUCCUCCUGAUAUGCGUACUCAGUCUGCUAUACUAUUACGCACCAUUCCCAUCGAAGCAUGGUUACGUCUAGUUCACCCCAACUUUUAUUCCAUUCACAACAUGCCUCAGCUGGCAGGAACCUUAGACGGAAACACAGGCAAACUUGUUUUUCCACCCAAUGCCAAUUUAUCUAGUGAAAAGUUAGAACCCCAUGGCUGCUACUUGUUAGAAGAUGGACAAAACAUAUUCAUAUGGAUUGGAAAGCAAGCCGUUCCUCAGCUAUGUAAAGACUUGCUAGGCGUUUCUACUAUACAAGAAGUGAAGUCUGGUCAGGUGGCUAUUUUACCACACAUAAAAUCACCUAUAUCUGAUAGAUUAAACAAUAUGAUUCAUUGGCUAAGAACCAAACGACAAAUCACAUACUAUCCUUCAAUUUACAUUGUUAGAGAAGAUGACGAUCCAAUGCUACGUAGCAAGUUUCUGAGUCAUUUAUUAGAAGACCGUCAACCUACUGGGCCAACAAAUGCAGGAGCAAAUCAACAGACAGCAAGCUCAGGUAUGAGCUAUUUCCAAUGGCUAGGAUUUAUUAGAUCAAAAUGUCAAUAA